AUGUUUCAUCGUAUAGCUGCCACACUAAGGCCAUAUUUAACAGCAGUGAGGCACACCCUAACUGCUGCUAUGUGCUUAGACAAUUUUUCUUCUCAAGUUGUUGAACGUCAUAAUAAACCAGAAGUUGAAGUGAGAACUAGUAAAGAAUUGUUGUUAACUCCAGUUAUAAUAAGUCGAAAUGAAAAGGAAAGAGUUUUAAUUGAAAGUUCAGUGAAUUCAGUGAGAAUUAGUAUUGCAGUAAAACAAGCAGAUGACAUAGAGCACAUAUUAUGUCAUAAAUUUAUGAGGUUUAUGAUGAUGAGGGCAGAAAAUUUUGUAGUUCUUAGGAGGAAGCCUAUCGAGGGCUAUGACAUAAGCUUUUUAAUUACAAACUUCCAUGUUGAGCAAAUGUACAAACAUAAAUUGGUAGAUUUUGUUAUUCAUUUUAUGGAAGAAAUUGAUAAGGAAAUAAGCGAAAUGAAAUUGGCUGUGAAUGCAAGAGCUAGAAUAUGUUCGGAAGAGUUUUUGAAAAGAACAUUUAACAAAAGUCUUUUUAUUUGCAUGCAUAUCAAAAAUUCAUCCGAAUAUGAAAAAAAAAAUGAUUAG